AUACUCUUUUGGGCUGGCAGUGGAUGUAAGCCAAAAGACUAUAAAGCCAAGCAAGUAGAGGGUUCUUUGGCAUACUGAUCAAUCCAUUGGAGGAUUCAUCGUUCAUUCACCAACCUGGCUACCUAACAUGGCAACGUCCAAACUAAGCGUGAAGCUUUUCAUAGACAAGAAGGGCCGACGGGUGCUGUUUGCUGAAGCAGACAAGGAAUUUGUUGAUUUCCUCUUUACCAUUUUGACUUUGCCGGUUGGAGCUGUGACGAGGCUUCUGAAAGAGGGAGGCGGCAUGGUAGGCUGCUUGCCAAGCCUCCACCGGAGCAUUGAAAAUAUGAGUGAUACUUACAUCCAUCCAAACAAAGACAAACGUUUUUUGCUAGAACCCAAAGUAUUCAUGCCUGGUGCUAAAGUCCCUCUCCUAUUGCCCAACGUUGGCUCCACAUUCCGUCAAUUGUAUAAGUGUUCAAGUUCGAACACAACCGUUCGUUGUUUGCGUGACCUAACUGAUGGCAAUAACACAGAUUGUUUGGGGUGCGCACAGAAAAAGAACACGUUCGCAACAUUCACCGUCACAGACCCGCCCCCAGGCGCAAUAGAGACAUUCUCCACUAGUGAGGAAGGUUACGUGGUAGAAAAGGUUACAUACAUGGUGAUGGAUGAUCUUGACGUGAAGCCCAUGUCUACCUGCACCUCAAUUGUCACUCUGCUGACCCAAUUUAAUAUCAACGAUAUAAGGGUUAUUGAGGAGAAAGUGGUCGAGCUGGGCAUGGAUGAGGGUGUGAAAUUGCUUCAAGCCUCUUUAGAAUCGAAGACUGUAUUCACUGAUAUCUUCCUUCCACCCGAGAUCGGUAAAAUUGAGCCAGAGAUCUCUGAAAUUGAUCACUCAUAUUUAAACACUAUAAAGCCAAGCCAAUUGAGGGCUCUUGCCAUACUGAUCAAUCCAUUCGAAGAUUCAUCAUUCAUUCACCUGCCUAACAUGGCAACGAGUUCAACGACGAAAGUAAGCCUGAAGAUUUUCAUAGACAAGAAAGGCCGACGGGUGCUCUAUGCUGAAGCAGACAAGGAAUUUGUUGAUUUCCUCUUUGGCAUUUUCACUCUGCCGGUCGGAGUUGUCUUCCGGCUUCUGAAAGAGGAAAGUGUCUCGGUAGGCAGUUUGCAAAGCCUUUACCGGAGCAUUGAAAAUAUGAGUGUUACUCACAUCCAACCAGACACAGACAAACGCUUCCUGUUAGAACCCAACGUAUUCAUGCCUGGUGCUAAACCCACUCUCCUAUUGCCAAACGUUGGCUCAACAUUCCGUCAAUUGUAUAAGUGUUCGAGCUCGAACAUCAACAGUGUUUGUUUGACUCCCGUGGCCAAUAACACAAAUUGUUCUACGUGCGGACAUAAAAAGAACGUGUUCGCAAUCAAAGACCCCCCAAGCGCAAUAAGGGCAUUCUCCACUAGUGAAGAAGGUUACGUGAGAGGGACGGUUACGUACAUGGUGACGGAUGAUCUUGAGGUAAAGCCCCUGUCUACCAACUCUCUUGUCACUCUGCUUUCCCAGUUUAGUCUCAACGAUAUAAGGGAUCUUGAGGAGAAAGUGGUCGAUGUUGGUAUGGAUGAGGGUGUGAAAUUGCUUCAAGCUUCUUUGCAAUCCAAGACAAUUUUGACCGACACCUUCCUUCCUGAGAAAUCAUUGAAGUCUAAAAAUGCUGGUAAAGGCAAGUGUAAUGCAAAGGAACACAUAGCGACAGCCGAGACGAGUAUGGAGCUAAAGAUUACUGAUAUGAAAUCUCUCGAAGAUUAUGGAAUGUAGAUGGUCCAUUUGCAAUGUAACUUGUGAUUUGUAUUUUGAAUUCUGUUUUUAUAGUUUACGAUUGUUCUUUUGAUUAUA